UGUUGGUGAGAGGCACGCGAUGGCAUUCACCCGGUGAUAAGUGUCACCGCAGUUUCCUCUUCACCCGGUGCACUCGCAGAGACACAGGGACCAAGGCAAAGAGAGCGAAAAGGGGGACGGACGACCGAAGGAACGAGGACAGCCAAGUGACUGUUUGCAUUUGUGGGGAGCAGAACCACCUACCAGACAUUAGCCUAAGCAGCAUCUGAAUGGCGUGUCUUCUAAUGCAUUUAAACACCUAACAUCUUAAUUGGCGAAUUCCCGCUGGCGCGUGCCACUGGACGAUAAAUCGGCAUUUUUUGAACGACUGAUAAGCUCUACAUUAUAUCUGCGCUAUCGCUGAAAAGACUUUCUCUUAAGGAUGUGUUCACAAAGUGCCGUCUUUGGAAAUACGUUGUGGAUAGCGUCUGGCACUUUUGGGAGAAAACUGCAGUGAACAUAUCCUGGUGUCACUUUUGGAGCCCCUCCAGUCCAUCAGCCUCCGCACGACUCCUUCUCCAGUCCGGUUUGCACUCACAGGCUUUAUGGCGCGCGGAAGGAUGGAGUUGCUCGGACUGUACUUGUUACAGCUGGCUUUUAUCGGUGUUCCGAGCGGGCUGUGUUCGGGCCGGUGGGACUGCCUGCAUGCGGGGGACACGUGCUCGAGCGACGAGACGUGCAGCCCGCGUCUGCGCACGCUGCGGCAGUGUGUGGCGGGCGGCGGCAGCGUCAAGCUGGGCCCGGGGGCGCGUAACCACUGCGAGAACGCCGUCGCCGCCCUCAUGGCCAGUCCGCUGCACCGCUGCCAGUGUAAGAGGGGCAUGAAGAGGGAGAAAAACUGCCUGAGCAUCUACUGGAGCCUGCAGCAGACCAUACUGCAUGGGUUUAGCUUGGUGGAAGCCUACCCCUAUGAGCCUAUGGAAAGAGGAAAUGAUUAUGUGCGUCUGGCAUCCAUUGCUGCAGAGUCCGAGGUGGGCAUGACGGCGGUCAACCGCUGCCUGGACGCGGCGAAGGCCUGCAAUGUGGACGAGGCGUGCCAGAAGCUGCGCACCGAGUACGUGUCGGCGUGCAUCGGAGCGUCCGCCUCCUCGACCCGCAGCGGUCAGCAGCCUUGCAACCGGAUGCGCUGCAGCAAGGCGCUGCGCAAGUUCUUUGACCGCGUGCCGCCGGCGCAUGCCCACGCGCUGCUCUUCUGCCCGUGCCAGGACACGGCAUGCGGCGAGCGCCGGCGCCAGACUGUGGUGCCCGCCUGCUCCUACGAGGAGGGCCCGGCCGCCGACAAGCCCAACUGUCUGCAGCAGCUGCGCGUCUGCACCGCCGACUACGUCUGCAAGUCUCGCUGGGCUCAGUUCCAGUACGACUGCCAGCCCUCCGAUCUCACCGCCAGCGGCUGCCAGCACGAGAACUACGGCAACUGCCUCGUCGCCUACACCGGACUCAUGGGGAGUACCAUCACUCCUAACUAUCUGGACAACACCACGUCUAACGUCGGGCCCUGGUGCUCCUGCUCGGCCAGUGGCAACCACCGCGAGCAGUGCCACGACUUCCUCAGCUUCUUCCACAACAACGCCUGCCUGAAGCGGGCUAUCUUGGCAUUUGGGAAUGGGACCGACCAGAAACAUGAGCCCAACCAACCAGGCGCGACCGUCCUGGCAACCACCUCGGCAACCAACAGUCACAACCGUCGACAGACAACAGCCAGCACCACAACUGCCAUCGCCAUGGAAACAGAGCAGAACAUCCUGAGCGCUCAGAUUCCCACACAGUUGAACGAGAGGAACAGGUUGUGGGGAGACGACUCUUCACCUCCAUCGCCAGGUCUCCCGGACAACGGCGCUGACUCCGCCCAUGGCCCCCUCAGCACCUGGCCCCUCCCCCUCCUUCUGCUACUGCUGUGGCUGCACUGAGGCAUCAUGGGAUAGGAGCACAGUACGAAGCAGUGGACUUGGGAAGAGCAUGGGACAACUGCAGUGUGUGUGUGUGUGUGUGUGUGUGUGUGUGUGUGUGUGUGUGUG